AACAAGAGAGGAAAAAACCAUGCGGACCUUCGGUCAAAAGGCGUUCCAUCAUAACCGAAGAGACACAUGAAGUACACCACCCGCCCCACAAACACUCACUCCCGACAAAGCAUGCACUCAGACCUUUACCAUCCCUCCACCACCACCAUUUCCGCCGGAAACAUGUCAAAUCGCCAUCACCUCUCGCCGCAGAUGCUGCUCCAAACCUGUAAUCCGUCGUUGCAGUUGCAGUCAGAUCGUUAUGGUUAUGAUGACUUGGUGACCACAGAUUCGCCACUACCUGCUCGCUCCUUCUCAUCGUCGACGUCAGCUUCCAUAAAUCACAAAGAAGCUGAGAAGCGUCGGAGAGAGAGAAUCAAUUCUCAUCUUAAUCGCCUUAGAACACUUCUUCCUUGCAAUUCCAAAACAGAUAAAGCAUCUCUGCUUGCAAAAGUGAUUCAAAGGUUGAAGGAGCUGAAACAAACAACUUCAGAAAUCGAACAUCUCGAAGGCUUACCUUCUGAAACGGAUGAAAUCACAGUAAUCUCGUUGAAUAACAAUCAAAGCGAUGGAAGAAUAGUAAUCAAGGCUUCAAUAUGUUGUGAUGACCGAUCAGAUCUUCUUAGCGACAUGAUCCGAACCCUAAAAUCACUCCACCUGAGUCCUUCAAGAAUGGAACUGGUUGCGAUGGGUGGGCGUAUAAGGAACGUCGUAUUGGUGGAAUGUGAUUAUCCAGGAGAUGAUUGUGGUGAUUUGAUUCAUUGCUUGAAGGAAGCGUUGGGUUGCUUGAUUAAAAGUAAUUUGGGUUCGGAUCAAUCAUCAAAACGUAGAAAGAUGCUUGUUUGUACAUGAACAUGAUCAUCUUGUGAUUCAUUUCAUCAUUUGGAUCUUCAAAUAUGUUGAUUUGUGGUUAUAAUAGAGUUAAUCGUUUGAUCCUA